AUGAAGCCUAAGAAGCCUUCGUCCAACAGACAAUCCAACCUCAAAGCAGAGGAGGAGCGCGCUUUCGCCCAGAUGAUCCCUGCAUACGGCUUUUAUGUCCACGUCGACCAGCCCGAUAAGCCAUGGUCUUUCCAGAAGGUCCUCUUCAAGAAAGGUGACGACGUAAUGCUACACUCGACCUGGGACGAGACAGACGACGUCUGGAUUGGUCGCAUCCUGCAGAUUCGUACCACGCACGGCGACCACCAGAACACUCUAGCUAAAGUGCGCUGGUACUGGUCACGCAACGAUGUCGCCAAACAUGCGAAGAGCUUUGAUCCUUCACAAUGCGCUUCCUAUGAGCGUGUUCUAUCAGACGACUACGAUUACGUCUCUCCGCACUCUUUUGAAAAGGUCGUCUACGUUCAGGAAUACGAUGAAUCCUCUCUGGACCCGCCUCGGCUCGGACCGAAAGACCUUUUCGUCAGGUGUAAGUUUUUACACCGUCGGAAGCUCAUCAAGCCUCCUCUUGGCUUAGAGACGUGUUAUUGUCAGAUGGCGUACAACCCGUUUCCUACUGCUGCGACUCAGGACUUUGUCACAGAUGACCCUACGACGGCCGGCCUUCGCGACAUCAUGCACUUCUGCCCUAGCCUCAAUUGUCGCAGGUGGUAUCACACCUCUUGCCUGCUGAUCAAGCAGCGCAUGCUCCUCGCCCUUCCCGCCGAAGCACAAAACCCCAAGCACAAUGUUAUCGACCCGCUGCCCGCGCAAACAAGAAACUUGCGCCUCCUAGCUGUCAACCCAGAUGAAGAAGUGCCCUUCAUGACCUUCGAGUACUUUUAUGAACCAGAGUCGCACGACGAUUACACAUUCACGGCAACGGUUCCCCUUACAGCAGCACUCGAGCUGCUGGGCCGCCCAGCCGAAAUCGUCGCCCACUUGCCCUCGGGUCUACUCGCCAUUGCACAGUCCCCCAUUGUGCGCUAUCCCAAUGGUCCAGGCGAGUUCGCCGUCGGGAACGUCGCCGACGUUGUCCUCGCACGCCGCUUCGUCUACGCUGCAGUGCAGCACUCCGGUUCACCUGAUCAGAACUUCUCGUUUCUUCACCUAUUGGUGCGCCUAGGCGCGUACCAGCAGAUGUGGGAGGCAUGCCUCGAGGCCGGGACGAAGGAGGGCGAGGACGAGUAUAUGACAUUCCUCGAGGACAUGUGCGAGGAGCUUGCUGAGUUCGGGCUCCUCGCGUCACCUUUGCCUUCGUAUUGGGAGCAGAAGGAGGAGGAGUAUAAGACCCUGGGGACCGAGCUCGCGGGUCCCGCAUUCCUGUGUCCGAAGUGUCGUGGUGCUAUCUAG